AUGGCAACAAACAAUUCAUACCCAAUUUCGUCGAAUUCACGAACAAAGUUAAAUGCCUUUCGCUACAAAGACGAAGACGACAAGACAAGCAAAGACGAGGCGAAACCAGUCCAUGGGAACAAGGAAAACCAGAAAUCGUGGUCCAACGGGGUGGUAGAUCCGAUGCAGACGUCACCGGACCAAGGCAAUGCUCCGGCUCCUCAAGCACAAGCACCAAAGUCAGAAGCCCAAGAAGCAAAACCGAUCAAGGAAUGCCCUCAGACUCCGGGAAACAGGAUACCUCUGGCGGAUUUGAUUAGCAAUGCUGAGGAUUCUUUCGACCCCGCUCCAGGUCCAGACGUGACCCCAGUUGAGCAUGUCAUUUGGCAGCAUGUCCCUGCCAGCUCAAACCCAGAUAACUCGUCACAGACGCCAUCAGGGCGUCGAAGGAAGCGACGACUCAGCUCUUCUCCAACCGGUUCUCCUUCAAUUGAGAAAUCUAAAAAGCACCCAAAGGAGCCUCUCGAUCUGCAGUCAAUACAAGCGCUAUUUAAAACACCCCAACACGACAUGGCAGCUGAGUUGUGGAACAACUAUGUGGAUAAAAACAUGGUCGAUAAUGCCGAAGAUCUUCCGCCGCCUCGUCUGGCAAAUCUUCUCUCCUCUUCACCUCAGACGCCUGGCUCGGGCAGGGCAAGUCGAGACUCCUCAGGACUGAGACGUUCGAUCAGUUGUGCGGCUGAAUUUCCCACAUCACGGGCAAAGAGACGACGCUUCAAUAGACAAGAUGGUGGUGCUAAUCGCGGCAUAUUUCAGCGAACGAGCAGCAAUGUUCUGGAAUCUGGAAAACCCAAGGCCUCGAGGAUCAACUAUCUUAUGGAGAAGAUCGAGAAAUCAAUACACCUGGCGCCCGUCGACACAAAUCCACCUGGCUCCUCGCCUCUUCGGCAGCACAUGGAUGCGCGAAGGUGUCGUUCGUCUUCUCCAACAAAGGAUCGCAAAGCUCUCGAAGAUGUUGCAGAAACCAAUGAAUCCCCAUGUGCUGCACCAAUUGAUAAAGGGAGACCUAAUCAACGGCCCGUGCUUCAAGAAUCGUCUUCAGACUUCGGAGACGAUGAUCUUGAUCAAGAUCUCAUUGACUUGGCUGAUGCUUCAGCGGAUCCAUUUGUUGAUGCAGUGCGACCAUCAAACGAGUUUGAUUCUCUAGGAUCCUCAGACUGGGCCGCUCUCGCUGCUGAAAAAUCACGCUCUUGGCAGCCAAAGGAGAAUUCAGUACUCGAUAGCAAACCUUCUACCUCUCACAAACUUACGAAUAAUGAACUAAAACGCGAUGAAUUCGACGAUUUUGAUGACGACUAUGAUGAUCUGCCGGACAACUUGCAGGAAAUCCUUGCAAAAUGUGAUAAAAAGCCGGACCAGCCCAAGGCGGCUAAGACCGCCACUGGCGAACCACUCCUCAAGAACUUAGAUGCGACGAAUGCUCCCGUGGGUGCCGUGUCUGGCAAGUUCCCUGCCACUACGGGUGUCAAAGCUGAGGCGGCAUCAUCUGAUGAUGAAUUUGACGAUGACUUCGAUUUGGAAGCUAUCGAGCAGACUAUGAAGCAGGCAGGGGAAGGUAAACCGGCUCAUAACCUUAAAGAUCGACAAUCUAUCAAACGUUAUCAAGUCAUUGAUAUUACGGACGGCACAUAUGUGAAUCCAAAAGGACGUACUCAGCCAGAGCAGGUGUUGCUAGUUGAAGAGGAGAAAAGACGAGACCGCAAGGUCAUCUUUUUGCGAGAAACAUGGUUCGACACUCCUUGCACCAAGGACUCAUACAUCCAUCUGGUCGGAGACUUUAACGCUACCGGCCAGUGCAUAGUGGACAACUCCAACAAUAUGGUUAUCCUUCAUCCAGAUCAUCUUAUCUCUGCGACGGUUGUGGCAGACUCGGUCGAGUGCCAGCGACGAGCUGUUCUCCAGGAUCGAGUCAAAGUCAUCGCAGCACUCGAGCGACCGCAAGCAUUCGGUGUGUUCUUUCACGAGAUCUUCCAAGAAGCUCUGAAAUUGAAUCAAUGGGAUAUGGAUUCGAUGAAAUCUUUGGCCGAAACUGUCAUGGGGAGACACGUUGAAGAUCUGUACUCAAUUCAGAUGAGUAUACCCGAAGCUGUUGAAUAUCUCAUGAGCAAAAUGCCUGGUGUUCUUGCUUGGGCAGAUGCCUUCCUUCAUCUGAAGCCGCAGGCUAAUUCUAUUGUCGAAGACCGCAAUAGUUCCAAGCUCAACCUAAGCAUCAACAAGCUACUUGAGGUGGAGGAGCAUAUCUGGUCUCCGAUGUACGGUCUCAAAGGAAACAUCGAUGCGACGGUGCAAGUCGCUUGUCGCGAGCAGGGAAUUGAGAAAAACCUGGUUGUUCCUCUGGAACUAAAGACCGGACGGAGAGAUACGAACCAGGCACACAGGGCUCAGACAGCCCUUUACACCCUGCUCCUGUCUGAUCGAUAUGAUCUCGAUGUUACCUUUGGGCUACUUUACUACCUUGAGGUGUCAAGAACACUCAGCAUCCGUGGUAUCCGACAUGAACUUCUUCAAAUGCUCCAGGUACGAAAUCACCUGGCGGGCUAUAUCCGCGAAAGAGAUCAUCUUCCACCGAUGCUGAAGAAGGCACGCCAAUGUAGCAGGUGUUAUGCGAAGACCCCUUGCCUCAUCUACCACAAACUCGCUGAGGAUGGCGAUGGUGAGACCAGCGGACUGGCGGAGGAUUUUGAUGCGUCUGUUGGUCAUCUGAACAACGGUGAUCGUGACUUCUUCCGGAAGUGGGAUGGACUUCUUACCAAAGAAGAAGGAAACCUGGUGAAGUUCCGACGGGAACUUUGGACAUUGUUGAGUCACGAGCGUGAAGCUCUCGGUCGAUGUUUCGGUGAUGUCGUUCUUGAUACCAAGUCUCCUUACGAGGAAAACACUGGUACGAAGAUCAAUCGCUACCACUAUACAUUCCACAAAAGACACCCGUCUCCCGGUUUCUCUUUUACAGAAUCACAAAUCUCUAUUGGUGAGCCGAUUGUUGUUUCCGACGAAAAGGGCCACUUUGCCCUCGCGAACGGAUAUGUGGUGCAAGCCAGUUUCUCGCACAUAAAGGUUGCAGUUGAUCGGAAACUUCACAAUGCAAGAUCACGGACAGCUGGAUUCGAUGCUGUUACAAACCAAUCAUUCAAGGGCAUCAUGGAGAUCGGGGCAAAAGAACCCGCUGUUCUCGAAGAUCCGGAUGAGCAAGUUGUUUACCGAAUCGACAAAGACGAGUUCAGCAACGGCAUGGCCAUUGUUCGAAACAAUCUUAUCUGCAUGAUGGACAAAGACUUGUUCCAAGCAAAACACAUGCGUCGACUCAUCAUUGAAGGGGAAACCCCUGCUUUCAAGACGACGUCAUCUGCAUACCCGAUCUCGGAUCCUGGGAGCCUCAACGUUGAUCAAAGGCAAGCUAUUGACAAAGUUAUGAGUGCCAAAGACUAUGCUCUCGUCCUUGGAAUGCCCGGGACUGGAAAGACGACCACCAUUUCUCACAUUAUUCGGGCCCUUGUUGCACAGGGGAAGAGCGUUCUCCUCACGUCUUACACGCAUACUGCAGUCGACAACAUUCUGUUGAAGAUCCGAGAUGACAACAUCCGCGUCCUGCGUAUCGGUGCCACCGCCAAGAUUCAUCCAGAUGUCCAAGGCUUUGCGGAUCUUGCCGCAGUCCCGAAAUCAACCAUCGAAGAACUCAAGGAUUCAUAUGAGAAGCCGCAGGUCGUGGCCACUACAUGCCUAGGAGUCAACCACAACAUCUUCAACCAGCGCAUCUUCGACUAUUGCAUUGUCGAUGAGGCUUCGCAAAUCACGCUCCCGGUUUGCCUGGGCCCGAUUCGAAUGGCAAGGACUUUCAUCCUCGUCGGCGAUCACUACCAAUUGCCGCCCCUAGUGCAGAACAAGGCAGCUCAAGAAGGAGGCCUGGACGUUAGUCUUUUCAAACUGCUGUCAGACGCGCAACCAGACUCUGUCGUCAACCUUGAGCAUCAGUACCGCAUGUGUGAAGAGAUCAUGUUGCUCUCUAACACACUUAUCUACUCGGGUCGUCUCAAAUGCGGCACACCCCAGGUAGCUGCCCGGUCCUUGGAUCUACCCAACAUCAAUGCCCUCGAUCAAUUCCAUGCCAAGGACUUCGGCCAUUCCCCAUCGCAGAAGGAUAUCUGUCUGGGCACCCCCCAUGCCUCCUGCUGGCUACGAGACGUCCUCUCACCGUCAGCAAAAACCCGCCUAGUCAACACCGACCCCAUCGGCCCAGCAGCCCUCGAAAUAGCACAGGGCAACCGAGUCGUGAACCACAUGGAAGUAUUCCUCUGUGCGCAACUCGUCGAGUCAUUCAUCGCCUGUGGCAUUCCCGCCCGAAACAUCGGCGUCAUAACCUUCUACCGAAGCCAACUCUCGCUCCUCCGCCAAAGUCUACGCCGACACAUCCCCGACCUGGAAAUGCACACAACCGACAAAUUCCAAGGCCGAGACAAAGAAGUCAUAAUCCUAAGCUGCGUCCGCAGCAACACCGAAAACAACGUCGGCGAGCUCCUCCGCGACUGGCGCCGCGUCAACGUCGCCUUCACCCGGGCCCAGACCAAACUUCUCGUCGUCGGCAGCAGAUCCACCCUCCGUGACGGUAACGACCUCCUCUGCAAAUACGUCCGUCUGGUCGAAAGCAAGGGCUGGGUCUACAAUCUACCCAGUGCAGCACUGGACAAGCACGUCUUCCCAUCCUACGCCACACACUCGCAAUUCAUGUCCCCGGGUGCUCCUGGCUCCACAAAGAGCCAGAAAGCGAAAACGAGCCCAACACAUGCGAAAAAGACUCCCGCUUCUCGUUCUCCGCGUGAACCACUCAGUCCACUCGGUUCCCGGCAACAGGGCAAGGGCCUACGGAAACCUGCGAAGACGGGCGCUAAGUUGUUCAAUGGGACUGAUGUUGUUGGGAAUCGGCCUAUCCUCCAGGAUAUUGUGAACGACCUCACGGGCUAG